GACACCAUGCCUUCGACCUGGAAGUCGCCACUCGAGGGCUACGAAAACGCUGAGCCCCUUCCGAUGACGAUGCACCCUGACGGAGAGACCUAUUACAACCCGCCAGGACCCAAGUCGACCGCGUACGACGAGUUCCCGAAGCCCAUCGAAAUGAAGGAUAGCGGUUUCGACUUUCAUGUGUACUUUGUGCAGCACAGCCCAUCGGAGUCGCGGUAUGCCCAGGAGCUGCUUGAGCUCAUUAGGCGGGAGUUUCCCGAGCUGCGCACCCGUAAGCUAUGGGACAAGCCAAUCGGACCCCAUCCGGUGGGACAAUUCGAAGUGAACACGUUCACACCGCACCAGACUGGCGCCCUCUUUGCGUGGCUGGUUGUUAACCGAGGAUCGUGUUCCGUGCUAGUGCAUCCCAAUACUGGCAAUUGGUUAAGAGACCACACCGAGCUGGUAUCAUGGAUGGGAAAGCCAUACCCGUUGUAUACGAACAUAAUUAACGAUGAGCGGGGAGCGAAUGGUAGCCCGUAGAGAUGAUGAGAGGCCUGCACGGCUAUGUGUACGAGGAAUGUGUCGUCCAAGACGAAGUCGAACCGGCAGUAUUCAAUUAUAUGUAGGUUUAUCUAGCCCGG